AUGGCCCUCUCCCUCGCGAGCCCUUCUCUUUCGUACGACCUCCUCCGCGACUAUUCUGGGCAGCACUUCUUUGAUGGAUGGGACUUCUACGGCUCGUGGGAUAACUUGACGUUGAGUGCGGUGUGGUGGCUGAAUGAGACCGAGGCGAUGGCGGAGCACUUGGCAUAUGUGAAUGAUGCUGGGCGGGCAAUCAUCAGGGUGGACAACACGACGAAUGUGCCUCAGGGCCAGGACAGGAAUACGAUCCGCCUCACCACCAAGGACUCGUACGAUUUUGGCAGCUUGUGGGUGUUCGACGCUACGCACUUGCCGUACGGAUGCUCGGUGUGGCCCGCGUUUUGGGCCAAGGGCCCGAAUUGGCCGUUUGACGGCGAGAUCGACAUCGUGGAGGGCAUCAACAUGAUGUCGGCGAACCAGAUGGCCAUCCACACUACCGACGGCUGCACCACGAACAGCAGCAUCGUCCAGACGGGCACGAUCGGCUUCACUGACUGCGGCACCGGCUCCGGAUGCACGGUGCACGAGACGAAGCCGAACAGCUUCGGGGCGGGCUUCGCAGCAGCCGGCGGAGGCGUGUGGGCGACGCAGUUCGAUGUCGCGGGGGUCUUUAUGUGGUUCUGGAGCAGAGCAGAUGUUCCCGCGGAAUUGACGCAGAACCAGACGUCGAUCGACAUCUCGACCUGGGGCACGCCUUCGGCCGCCUUUCCCGUCACGCCGACGUGCAACCUCACACAGUUCUUCACGCCACAGCAGCUGGUACUGGACAUCGCGCUGUGCGGUGACUGGGCCGGUGUGCAAGGAAUAUACCAAAGCACGGGCUGUUCCGGGACUUGCAACGUUGCAGGGCCCGGAAGCCCCGCGUACGACAACGCGUGGUUCGAGAUCAACUACGUCCGCGCGUACACCACCGGCGCGUCGACACCUACCUCGACAUCUUCCACGACGCCUACAACCUCUCCGACUGCCGGCUCGGGAGAUGCGACUACCACUGCUGCGGGCUCCACGCGGACGAGCGGCUCGGACCAGAGCAGCUCCUCGUCAGGUGCGCCGAGGUGGCAUGCGCGAAGCGCGGGCGCGCUGGGAUUGGUUUGCGCUGUGCUUGGGUCGCUCUUGCUCGUUUGA